ACGGGGAGAAGGAGGCGAGGCGAGGAGGAGCUCCGCCGCCACACGCUCGCCCCGCGUAAACGGGGGUCUGGAGCCGCCGUUGGAUUACCGGCAGUCAGCUGUCAGCGCUCACAGCAGCUCCACGCCGGAGCCGCGCCGCGCCGUGCCCUGCCUUCCCCCCGCGCGCUCCUCCGUGCUGCGCGCACCGCCUCUCCACUCCUCACCUCAGAAUAUCACCGAACAAAGAACAAAUUAAUAAAGGAAGGAAGGAAGGAAGACACCUGGGACAAGCAGUAACGACUUUAGCGUUUGACUGAUUUUUAUUGCGUGGAUAAAGAAAGGAAGGAAGAAAGAAAACUUUUAUGCGUUAAAGAGGAGCGCAGGAAGCUGGGAGAGCCUCUGAUUCUCCUCAGCAUCUCAGUCUGGAUCUGGGGCUUCAGUCUCCAAGACCUAUCGAAGGGAGAGAUUCGCCUGCAAGGAGAAGAUAUGAGGUUAGCGGGCUGCUUCCGGAUCCUGGGGUUUUUCCUGUUGCACAGGGCGUCGCCGGCGACCGAGCCAAUCUCGGACCCAUCACUCAGCCCUGCAUGGAUUGCUUUAGAGAGGCAGAGCGAGCAGGUGCUGAGUCAGGGUCAAUACGAGUGUAUUGAGCUCUCCAAAAGAGACAACCGGCCGAACGGGACUGGCAUCUUCUGUGGUCGUAUGUGGGACGGCUUCUUGUGUUGGGAUGAAACGCCCGCCGGGACAUCUGUAACGCAGAACUGCCCAGAUCAGUCUGACCUGGAAGCAGCCGAAAAAGCAACCAAACUCUGUGAUGAAUCAGGUAACUGGGUCCAAACUGGCUCUAAUUGUCAGCCUGCAUCAAAGGACACUUUAGAGAAAGAAAUUCACGGCUUUUUAAGGGACGACAUGCAAGAGCCAAGCACAGCCGCCACGGGGGUCAGCGUGGAACAAACUAUCCUCCAAAACGAGGAGAAAUGCCUGGAGAAAAUGAAGAAUGAUCCACCAUAUAAUAAAUCAGGCCCGUACUGCAGUCGGACCUGGGACGGCUGGCUGUGCUGGGACGACGCUCCAGCAGGAACGUCUGCCUCCCAAAACUGUCCCGACUACAUUCCUGGCCUCGACCCCCACGAAAAAGCAACAAAGGACUGUGGAGCAGACGGGCAGUGGCUCCACCAUCCAGAGAGCAAGAGACUUUGGACCAACUAUACACUUUGCACAACCACUGAUGAGGAGAGGAUGAGGUAUUUAAAAAUGGCCGACAGUGAAGACAAAUGUCUCCUGAAAAUGAACCAAGACCCCCCAUUUAACAGAACAGAUCUCUACUGCGGUCGGAACUGGGACGGCUGGCUCUGCUGGGACGACACGCCGGCGGGAACUCAGGCAUCUCAGAGCUGUCCUGACUAUUUUUUUGAGUUCGACCCCACCGAAAAGGCCACUAAGUACUGCGGUGAGGACGGACAGUGGUUUCGCCAUCCAGACAGCAACAGGACCUGGACCAACUACACUCUCUGCUCUGUCAACAUCAAGGAGAGGUUAAAGGCAGCCGCCCAGUUUUCCAGGGACUCUGAGGCUGAAGAGGUCAUCGAGGCCACCGUCAGUCCCGUGGUCAGUCGAGAGGAGCAACUCGUGAGAAAGAAAAUCCUGGACAGCCAGUACAAAUGCUUCGAGAAGAUUAAUCGAGAUCCCCCUUAUAACAAAUCAGGUCCGUACUGCAGUCGGAACUGGGACGGCUGGCUGUGCUGGGACGACACUCCAGCAGGAACCUCCGCCUCCCAGAACUGCCCCAACUAUUUUGAUGACUUCGACCCCACAGAAAAAGCAACUAAGUUUUGUGGAGAGGACGGCCAGUGGUUCCGCCACCCAGAAACCAACAGGACUUGGUCCAACUACACACCCUGCAAUGCACACACGAAAGAAAAGCUCGCGUCUGCGUACAUCCUGUUUUACAUGGCAAUCGUGGGCCAUGCUUUGUCCAUAGUCUCCCUCCUCAUCUCUCUGGCCAUCUUCUUCUACUUCAGGAGUCUGAGCUGUCAGAGGAUCACGCUCCACAAGAACCUCUUCUGCUCCUACGUGCUGAAUUCCGCCCUCACCAUCAUCUACCUCGUGGCCGUGGUCGACAACCCAGAACUGGUGGACAGAAACCCGGUUGGCUGUAAAGUCUUGCACUUCUUCCACAUGUACAUGCUCGGCUGCAACUACUUCUGGAUGCUGUGUGAAGGGAUUUACCUGCACACGCUCAUCGUGGUGGCCGUGUUCGCCGAGGAGCAACAUCUGCACUGGUACUACCUCCUGGGCUGGGGCUUUCCUCUUGUGCCGGUCUCCAUCCACGCUGUGGCAAGGAAAAAGUAUUUCGACGACAACUGUUGGAUGAGUGUGGAAACCCAUCUGCUCUAUGCGGUCCAUGGUCCUAUAGUUGCGGCACUUCUUGUGAAUCUCUUAUUCCUGCUGAACAUCAUCAGAGUGUUGGUUACCAAGUUGAGAGAUACGCACCGAGCAGAGUCCAACAUGUACAUGAAGGCGGUGAGAGCCACGCUCAUCUUGGUGCCCCUGCUGGGAAUCCAGUUCGUCAUUAUUCCCUGGAGGCCGGAGAACCGGCUGGCCGGCGAGGUCUACGAGUACAUCAUGCACAUACUCAUGCACCACCAGGGUUUGCUGGUGGCAACAAUCUUCUGCUUCUUCAAUGGAGAGGUGCAGGCGGCCCUGAAGAGGCAGUGGAUGCAGUACAAGACGCAGUGGGGCCAGAGACGGAAGGACCACUGCUCCAUGCGCUCCACCUCCUACACGGCCACCUCCAUCACGGAGGUGCCCGCCUUCAUGUACCAUCACGACUGCAACAACGAACACUUGAACGGGCGCCACGCCGAGGACUCCGAACUGGUGGCGCUGAAAUCGGGAGACACGUAUGCCUGAGUCGCACUCAGGAGGAAGUGUGUAAAGCGACGGAAACAGCCGAAGAGGGAGAAACAGAGCGACGGGGAAUGUACAGUCAGAACAGAAAUCCAAUCCGUUUGGCCGCCGUCUCUCGGUGGUUGAAUCUCAGAGGCGAUCGCUGGCUGGUCGAGCCGCCCAGGAGGACGAUACGGGUCUGCACACAGACAGCUCAUCCAGACUUUAGAUCGCGAUCUGAGGCUGCUUUGUGAGAAACUUCCUGAAGCUGCUGAACUGCAACGUGCACGCCACGCCGGUGUGGAAGGCGACGCCGGCGAUAUGGAGCGGCUACAACGUGGCGUGAAGCAGGGGGGGGGGCGAUCAAGACCAGGACGGUUACGAAAACAGAUUAUUCCUGACCUCACCGAUACCAAAGGCUUGUGUUUGUUGGUCGUAGCCACGAGGGCGCAGCGUAUCCAGCUGAGCACAGGCGCGGUACCAUGAAGCAAAACACACACUCACACACACACUCAGUCAACACAAACCUGAACGUAUGUGCCAUGGAAAAGACCUUCUGAGCUCGGAGCUCUGGAAUUAUGUACAUACUGUAUGUUUACCAUGUAUGGUUU